AUGCCAUCAACAACCACUUCAUCAUCAAAAGCAAGUUCCUCCACUUCAUCAAACACUUCAUCAAAUACUUCGGGAAAGAAGAUUUCACCUGCUUCUUCAUCGUCAUCUGGGACAACAAGAGAGAAAACUGCUUCAUCAAGAAAGGGAGAAUCAACAAGUACUGAUUUUUCUACCCUUAUAAAAACCAAUCCAAAACUUUCUGCCAAACCAAUUACCAAUAAGGAUGGAGAUGAUAUAACAGAAUAUUUUGAUGAAACUAAUGUUUUGAAUGCCAAGAUUGAACAUUUAGUCAAUCUCAUAAAUCAAUCCAAACAUAUUGUAUUAUAUACAGGUGCUGGUAUCAGUAGAGCAGCAGGUAUUAGAGAUUACAGAUCUCCUAAUGGUGUUUGGACUAUGAAAGAAAAGGGAGUAAAAACUGUAGCAAAGAAGGAUGAAUCAAAGAUAAUCUUCCCAACUCGUACUCACAUGGCUAUUUCUACAUUAUACAAUGCUGGAAAGAUUCAAUAUGUAACUUCUCAAAAUGUUGACGGAUUGCAUGUUAAAUCAGGAAUUCCAAGAAAGAAUAUGAGUGAAUUGCAUGGUAAUACCAAUGUUGAGAUUUGUCACAAAUGUAACAUAGAAUAUGUCCGUAAUUUUAGAUGUAGAAAUAACAAGAAUGUUCACGACCACAGGACUGGAAGAUUCUGUGAAAAGUGUAAAAGUGAAUUGGAAGAUACAAUUAUUAAUUUCAAUGAAAAUUUACCAACUGAUCAAUUGGAAAGAGCAGAGGAGAAUGCUUCCAAGGCUGACCUGGCUAUUGUCGUAGGAACAAGUAUGAGAGUUAAUCCUGCAUGUUCCCUUCCACAGAUGUGUAAAGAAAAUGGAGGAAAAUUAGUCAUUAUCAAUCUCCAAUUAACUCCAAAAGACAAGAAGGCAGAUUUGAGAAUUUUUGCAGAAGCUGACAAGGUUAUUGAUACGGUAAUGAAAAAGCUGGCUUUGGAAAUACCUCCAUUCAUUCUAGAAACUGAAUAUUCAUUAGAAAGCUUUGAAAGUGUCAAUCCAACAAGUGAGAAAAAGUUAAUUGGAUUCAAAAUUACUAGUCCAUCUCCUUUAGGACCAAUGGGUUCAAAGGUAUUGAGAUCAAUCAGCCUAAAGGUUCACGGCUCAAAAGUAGUGAGCUUUAAGGAUACUAUGAUGCUCGAUCCAAUUCCAUCCGAUUGUACAAAGAUAUCAGCAGUACUGAAGUAUAAUCUGAAUUCAAUUGAUGAGAAGGAAGCCAAAUGCACUAUUGAACUGGAAAAUCCACUGAACAUUACUUCGAAAUCCUUUGCUUUAAAGGUGAACACAUCAACCAAUGAAAUUACAGUUACAGAAAAGUAA